AUGCACUCUGUUCAGUGUCUACAAACCCUCAAAGUCUCCCAGCUCAAAGCAAUAUGCAAAGAGCUCAACAUAUCUGGCUACUCGAAGCUCAACAAGGCUGGCCUUACUGAUCUCAUUCUUACGAAGCAAUCGGCGGUGACUGAUAGACCCAUACCUUUGGGUCCAGGUGAUAUCAUAUUGACAACGACGCCAGUCAGGCAAUCGAAUAUCGAAGAACCGAUUGUUUCGACCUCAACUACAAAGAAGAGAAAGACUCACUCCGACGAGGAGAGCACUGUUCCACUUUCAAAUGGAUUCAAUCCCACAACUUCUUUGGUUCAGAUCACGGGAGCUUUGGCGCCUACAACGAUGACAUUGCUUCCGCCACCUCAAGUCAUCAGAGCUGCUUCUCAUAUCACCCAGAAACGAUCUGCUCCUGCAAAGGUGGCGAACCAUCGAUUCAUUUGUCCUCGAGUCAUUCGGAAGGUGCCCCAGCACGCGACCGAGGAUUCCAAAGACCAUCACACUAACGAUAACAACGUGACUGACGCAGUAUUGACUUCUACGUCUGGAAAAAUAGAUUUCUUACGUGCCCAUUUCCUAGAAACACUCUGCGGGAAUCUCGAGUCAGCCCGCCGCAAGCUACCUCUUUCGGAAGUACCAGCCACUGAUAGCUCCAAGAUAAUCAAGAGUAGAUCUACCAACAACCUUGCAUUUCAAGGCUUCGCCUCUUCCAUCUAUACCGAUACCUCACCCGAAAGCUUCAUGGUCGCCAUUCGCUUCUGGGUAUCAAGACUACACGCUAUAAUGCUAAUGGGAUCAGGAGAGGCUUGGAGCGCACAUGGCAGUGGUAUGGGUUUACUCGGCCCCGACCUGCUCAAGUGGCCUGCGGUUCUCAGUUGUAAGCGACUCUCUCACAGUGUCUGGUCAGUGACAACUAGCAACGAAGGCAUCGACAUACACGCAGCCACGAUUAUGACGAAAUACCUGGUCAUCGGUAUCAACGGUGGCGUGAUCUCUUCUAGCAAUGAUGAAGACUCGACUCACACUGUUGACAGUUGCCCAGUGCGAUAUGAUUGGUUCAAAUUCAUGGCAGACGGUUCUGAAACUUCUCAGAAUCUUCUGGAUCACAUAAAAACAAAAAACGUACUUGAGUUUCCAGGUGGCGUGUCUCGAACUUGGCAAGAACGCGUCAGAAAUUCACAAGACAGGAGGGAGAUGAUAGAGAUUGCAGAGAGAGCUGUUUUGUCUAGCUGUGUCAUUAAUAGCUUCAGCGGAACGAAGAUGACUGGCACCGAGAUGGACGCUCAGAUUGUAGGCUGUGAGCCAACAAUCAAAGCAUGCAAGUCAAGUGGAAUAGCAAUUUACCUUCCCGACGGAGUCACCGAUAUUGUAUUAAAGGAUAGUGGACAGAGCGUUGGGAAUGAGGAUAACGGAGUUGCGGAGUUAUGGCAAGGUCUUUUGGGUUGCGACGAGAAGGGCAAAAAGGACGACAGUAGGACUACAGAGUUCUGGCACGGUUGGCAAGCAAGAACGCUCUGUUGA